CCGAAUGGUGGAUCCAAACGCCACUCAACGGCAACGCGAGCUGCUUCCGUUAGCGAGCGGGUGCCGCUUGGCUGCGACCGACCGUUGGGCGAGAAUCGGAGCCAGAGGGAGAGGCGGGCGGAGACGGGCAGAGCGGGAGCCGGCAGCUCCCCUGGUGCACGCACCUAUACAAGUAUUGCCUUUCACUGGGAGACACAAACAGUUGCACGGGAUGGUGGGUAUGGCCACCAUGAGCAGCUUCUACAAGGAAUGAGAAAUUGAUAUGAAAACAACACAAUAUAUUGCACUUUGAAUGUCUGGACGCUUAGUGCGGGCAUCUGCUGCAGUUUUUCCCCCCAGUACAUCUUCGCUCCUGGCUCGGUCAAACAGCGCAUCGACACCUGACUGCAAAUCCUAACAAGCUGCCAAAAUAAAUAAUUGGGGAAAAGAAAACAGAUUGUCAUCCCGGAAAGGAAUAGCAUGGAAUAAACACGAUCUUUGAACAUAUCGAUUUGGAUAUUAAAAGUUGUGAAGAUUGCGUCUUUCCCAUUAAAAUAAUCGAAUCCUUGUGAGAUUGGACUGGAUUGAAUUAUCGCAAUAUAGCAUCUGGAAAUUUAUUUUCUCCAGUUUUAAAAUAGUUUCUUCAUGAAGUUUUUAUCCGAAGUUUUCUUGAUGUGGGCAUGUGUGUGUGCGUAAUAGAGAGAGUGGGUUGUUUCUAUUAGAACAGUCAUUGGGCAUUCGUUACGAAGGAGGUUUAACUAUUGACGGUGCGUGACAGCAGUUUGAUGGGAGUGAGAAGAGGAAAACACGAGCCGUGUCGGGUGCCAGCAUCUCGAGAGCUGGAGAAAGUUGAUGCUAAUAAAAAACAAACCCCACAUUCUGAAAGAAAAAUGCCAGUGAAAAAACAAGAUACCGAACGGGCUCUACUGCUUCUUCAGGACUACUGCUCAAAACUGAAGAAACCAGAGGAAAGACAACUGAAGAUAGCAGUUGAAAGAGUUAUAAAUAUCUUCCGAAGUGGCUUGUUUCAAGCACUACUAGAUAUACAAGAAUUCUAUGAGGUAACAUUACUCAACGCACACACAAGUUUUGAGCAGAAGACUGCUGAAGUUAAUCAAGUGGUAGAACAAUGGGAAGAAACAAAUUCUCCGAUGAUGAUCACCCAAAAGAUGGAUUCAAAGCCUAUUGGGUCAGAACAAGACUCAUUGACAAGAGGGGAGGACGAAACUGAUGAACCCAAAGAAGAACUGUCAUCAAAAUUACAUGAACCAUGGGAACAUUUCGAGAAAUAUCACUAUCAAGAUGAGGAUUCACCACCAAAUGAUUACAGCUUACCCCGUCUAACCAAUGAUGUCAAAGGCCCUGAGCUUGUUCAUGUCUCUGAGAAGAAUUUAUCACAGAUUGAAAACAUCCUUGGAUAUGUAUCACAUGCUCAUAUAUCUCCAUUAAAGGUUCAUCCCUGUGAUGUACAAGCCCAGCUCCUUGACUUGACUGACAUGGAAGAACAGCCCUAUGAUCUGGAAUUUGAAGAUGCUGUGAACUUUAAAGAAGGCACAGAAUCCCAUCAGGCAAGUCCUGCUCCCAUUAUUGUCAACACAGAAGCACUGGAGACGGUUCCCUAUGUCAAUGGAACCGAAAUAGAAUAUGAAUUUGAAGAAAUCACAUUGGAACGAGGUAAUUCUGGCCUGGGGUUCAGUAUUGCAGGAGGCACAGAUAAUCCUCAUAUUGGAGAUGACCCUGGGAUAUUUAUUACUAAAAUUAUACCCAGUGGAGCCGCAGCUGAAGAUGGACGGCUCAGUCUUUACUGCAUCCUCUCCGUUGCAAGUACAUCCAAGGCAAGUUAUUCCCCUCCAAUAGAGAACCAUUUCUACUCUUCAAAUGUGAAUAAUAAUACAUUGGAUCACAAGUCUUCACUGCCACAAAUUACUUCGGGAAGAUAUUCUCCAAUUCCAAACUAUAUGCUUGAAGAUGAAGAAGAAGAGGAGGAAGAAGAAGAGGAAGACAUUAACAGGGAGCCCAGAAAUUUUGUACUGCACAGAGGAGCCAGUGGAUUGGGCUUUAACAUCGUUGGGGGUGAAGAUGGUGAAGGGAUAUUUAUCUCGUUCAUCCUGGCAGGUGGACCAGCAGAUCUUAGUGGGGAGCUGCAAAGAGGUGACCAGAUUCUCUCAGUAAAUGGGAUGGAUAUUCGUGUGGCCACACAUGAACAGGCUGCAACAGCUCUGAAGGGAGCUGGCCAGGUUGUGAAUAUGAUUGUUCAAUAUAAGCCUGAAGAGUACAGCCAUUUUGAGGCAAGAAUCCAUGACUUGCGGGAACAGAUGUUAAAUCACAGUAUGAGUUCUGGAUCUGGCUCCUUAAGAACCAACCAGAAGCGCUCAUUAUAUGUAAGAGCUCUAUUUGACUAUGACAAAACCAAGGACAGUGGUCUUCCGAGUCAAGGUCUUAGCUUCAUAUACGGUGAAAUUUUACAUGUUAUCAACGCGUCUGAUGAUGAAUGGUGGCAGGCACGAAGAGUUACACCAGAAGGAGACAGUGAAGAGAUGGGUGUCAUACCGAGCAAAAAAAGAGUUGAAAGGAAAGAACGAUCUAGACUUAAAACUGUGAAAUUCAAUGCCAACCCUGGAGUGAUUGAUUCCAAAGGGUCAUUCAAUGACAAGCGUAAAAAGAACGUCAUCUUUUCACGAAAAUUCCCAUUCUACAAGAACAAGGACAACAGUGAGCAGGAAGCCAGUGAUCCAGAACAACAUGUUACUUCAAAUGCCAGUGAUAGUGAAAGCAGCUUCAGAGGCCCAGAAGACUGCAUUCUUUCAUAUGAACCAGUCACACAGCAAGAGAUUAAUUACAGUAGACCUGUCAUUAUCUUGGGUCCAAUGAAAGAUCGGGUUAAUGAUGAUCUAAUAUCAGAAUUCCCAGACAAAUUCGGCUCAUGUGUUCCACAUACCACAAGACCAAAGCGUGAUUAUGAAAUGGACGGAAGAGACUAUCACUUUGUUACUUGUAGAGAUCAGAUGGAAAAGGACAUCCAAGAACACAAAUUCAUUGAAGCAGGACAAUAUAAUGAUAAUCUAUAUGGAACUAGCGUCCAAUCUGUAAAAUAUGUGGCUGAAAGGGGCAAGCAUUGCAUACUUGAUGUUUCAGGCAAUGCCAUAAGACGUUUACAACUUGCACAACUUUAUCCCAUUGCUAUUUUUAUCAAGCCCAUGUCUGUGGAUUCACUAUUGGAAAUGAAUAAACGCCUGACAGAAGAGCAAGGCAAAAAGACAUUUGAAAGAGCUUUAAAACUAGAACAGGAAUUUGGAGAACAUUUUACAGCAAUAGUACAAGGAGAAAACUUGGAAUCAAUUUACGACCAGUGCAAACUAGCUAUUGAGGAACAGGCGGGCCCGUUCAUCUGGGUUCCCUCAAAGGAGAAAUUGUGAAUCAGCCACGGAUGUGAAGCUGGCCAGAACACCUGUUCAGAUUUUGACUUUUUUGGGUUUUAAUUACAUUUUCAUCUUUAUCCAUGUGCACAAUCAUGAAUGUACUUUUGAGUUAGAAGCUCAAUAGGACGUUUCUACACAGUUCGGAACUGUGUUCACAGGUGGAAGGGUUUGAAUGGGGCAAGGGCAUGCAAAAGGCAGGCAAGUCAAUGUUUGGCAAAAAAACAAGGGAUUCUGGAAUAUCAUGGAUGAUCAUACAGCAUUAGCAUAUCUAAGCCAUAAGUGUAUUACAUUCUUGCAUAGGUUUCACCCUUAUUAUAACUAAAUAGGCAAAGCAGGGACUCUUGUACUUAGUCUUAUUCUCUGACAGAGAAGUGCCCAGCUUUUCAACAUCCACAAGCCUUUGUGCACUUAUGAUUGCUAAGCUUCAGAUUUUAUAACUAUGCAGAUAGAAUUCAUCACAUAAUUUUAUAUAAACACUUUUUUGCCGAGACUAAACAUUAUAUAAAGAUGAACUCGCAUCUAUGAAAUCCAAAUUAAAAGUAUGUUCAAGUAUCUAACACAUUUUCGAAUGUGUCUAAUUUGACAACUGGUUAAAAUCAAAAUAAACUUCAAAACUUAUAUUAUACAUUUUAAUAUUUUUAUUCAGUAGUUGUUGAAAUAAUAAUUUAUAGUAAAGAAUAUAUAAUACUGUAAAUUGCAAGGUCUAUUGUUUAUGUUCCGUGACUGGAGAUAUAAUUAUGAGGAGAUAUAGGAAUGAGGGCAAUUUGUGAUUAAUUUUAUGGAGUAAAGUCUAAAUGAACAGAAAAUCAACUGAUUUGUGUAAAUUCACUGCCAUCUCCAACUGUUGCCAGUGAAAAUUCACUUAAUUUAUUUUCCUUAUGUAGUAAGCAUGCAGCGUGGAAUUUUAUCCUCCUAUUAGUCAAUGUUAAUUUAUGUGCUCUGCAUUAUCGUUUAAAUAUUAAGAACUGUGGCUAAGUACAAUCAAAACGUCAUAUCCUAUGUAGCCAUAGCUAUGUUUUAUUACUUUAAUUUAAUCUAAUUUAUUAUUUGGUAUUUGGUUCUGCGCUUUAUGGCUGUUUAUACUUGAAAGCGGCUAUUGCAAAUCUUCAAAACUUACCCUAUAUCUUUUUUUUAAGCUAGAAUUUAAUUUUCUGUAAUAUUGAGUGAUUUGUACUGUACAGACCGAUGUAUUUAAAGUGCACUGUAUGGUUAUGCUUGUCCUGUACUGGUUUGAUCAUGGUUAAAUACAGCUUUAGCCUAUAGUACAAAUUUAAAAUACUCCAUAGCUAUUACAGGUGCAAUAAGCAGUGGAUUUUAAACUCUUGAAUGCUCUUAUCUAUUUUACCAUCUCCCUUUAUUUGACCUUUAGGGUGCCCUCUCUGCUCUUACCAACAUGCAUUCUCAGGAUAGUUACUGGGAGAAUAUUUCUGGGGGUUAGGGAGGGUAAAUGGGUAUGGAAUAAACAAACUGACCCAUCAGUGAAGCUUUCAAUUCAAUUUGACCAGCUACUUGCAGAACAUUUAUUAAUUAUUUGUCCAUAAUGUUAGAAUUCUCAGGAGUUAAUCUUACAGCAUUUGGGUCCUGCAGAUCUUGACUUUAAGCUCCUAUGGAGUUCCAUCUUUUCCACCAGUAUAUAUGUGAGCUAAUUAUCCAAAAAUCUCCAAAGCAAAGCUUCAUAUUUAUUGUGUUUGUAGUGUUAAUUUAUUUAUAGGAUUAACUAAUAUACUUUUGCAUUAGUUGUUAAAAAUUUGCAAUAUAGUUUGUAUUUUUGACCUUCAUCACCUGGACUUUAUAUGGAAUGACCAAUAUGCCAUUGUCCCCUUUAUAUGAUCUUAAAUUAAUCUAUUCAAGGAAGGGAGAAGAUUCAUGGAGUACAAGUUUGAUUGUGAUGGGAAUCUCAGAGAUCCUAUAUAUAUAUUUUUACAAGGAGUAAAAUUGUAUGCCUCUACGUUUUUUAAAAGCCUGAAUGAAAGUACUCCAAAUAUUCCUUUGUGUCAAAUUCUGGGAACUUGAAAGGGUUUGGAUCUAUUGGUUUUAUCAUAAUUAAAUAACCAGAGGAAUUUAAUGCUUUUGCACAUAUUGUAAUUUUAUGCUGAAAAGUAAUAUAACCAGAGGGACAGUCUUUGUUUCAAAACAUGCAGAUUUCUCCCUGAAACUACACUACCUAUUGUAGUUGGAUGAAACUGAAGAAGAAGCUCCACUGCUGGACCACACUUACAGUUGCCUGUAUAAAGGAUUUUACAAUACAGAUUAGUUACCUAUUGAUUGUACAUAAUCAAUUCUAUCCAUUCCGUUUGUGUAAAAGAAUAAAGAAUUUAGUUGUACAUUUAACAAUAUAAAUAAGUACUCAUGUUUGUUUAUGUUUUAAAAAUUAAAGUAUUGUUUAUGGCACAUAAACUCGCUCUUGUAUAAACUGCAAUUGAUCAUGCUCCAUGUUUUUAAAUCGCAUUUUGGCUGCACUAUUUCACAAUGAACCUGCAAAAUCUUAGUUCAAUAAAGCCACUUCUCUGUAUCAUGCUAUGUGCAUAUUUAGUUCUGAUGUGCUGCACUGUUAAUUAUCUGCCUGCCU